UAUAUCGAGCGCCGAUAGCGCAUUUUAACACACUCAAAUGGUAUAACACAUAAUAAUGGACUCGCCCCGCCGCAACAUGCACGGCCUUCCGCCCACCUGCCUCGCUCACCUCAAGGCGCUCCUCCAUCAGUGGCUCACACAGCAGACGGCCCCCACGGGCGACUCUAAAUUGUGGUCAGACGAACGAGUAGCCCAGAUAGAGAGGGCAAUAUGGGAAGGUGCAGUAUUGACUUCGGCGGAAAGAGGAUCAAGGCGGGAGAGCGGUAUCCUCGAGCAAAAUUGGGAAGGUUGGAUAGGUGGGUCGACAAAGAGGAAGAGUCUAUGGAGGGAAGAAACGCGGCAAGAGGAAGAGAAAAUCAAGGAAGAUGAAAAGACCAAGGCGCAUGCUUCGAGAAAGUCUUCAAUGGGCGACGAAGACAGAGGAAGACUGAGUUUGCUGGUUAUGCAAGCUGGAUCGGCGGCAUCAACACCCAGCAAAGCCAGUACGCGAGCUUCGUCCGUUGCUUCAACCGAACGUCGCCAAGGCACAGAUAAUGCGCCUCAAGAUGUCAACAAGGAGAAAACUCUCGAACAGUCUGACAAGGGAAAACUGCAAGAAUGGUGUCGCAUCGUCAGCACUCUUGAUGGGUAUGAACCUUUAUCACUGGCCAAAACAGACGAUUGGGAAGAUGUCAACAUCGAUCGAGUACCCAAGUCCACACAUCAAGAUAUCCCAGGCUCAUUCCCUCAAUCAGGCGUCUCUAUUGAAUACCGCCAUUCUCUGGACAACCCAUCACAAUCCAAAGGCACCUUCUCCACCCUAGGUCUUCCUUCCUCUCCGCCAAAGCACGACCCUUCUAACAAAUCGUACGACCUCCUUAAACCCGUCUUCUGCCUGCAUUUUCCCACUUCUCACUCUUCUUAUACUAGUGCUAAAGGGCACGUACACAAGGAAGGCAGUCAGUCGACAAUUCGGAUAAGACGUGAUCCAUCACUUUCUGCACGAUCGGCGGGCAGUGCAGGGUCGAGUCGAUGGUGGGGUUCGGGGAAUAAAUGGGGGGAUAUACUCGGGGGUCCUUUACUGCAAGAUGAAGGGGAGAGGAUUGAGGUAGAUUUUGUGCAGGGUAAGUUUGCGUUACCCUUCGACUUGUUUGAUUACCCCGCCUUGGAACGACAAGGGAGUAAAAAGGGGAGAGCAACUCAGAGAAAAAGGAGACGAUCAAUCUUCUCGGCCUUGGAAGUUGUCUCAUCUUCGCUCUCGACAAAUAGUUCAUUACCAUCCGAAUCUACGUCGGAUACUACUUCUGAGGCCGACUCUGGACUGUCAGAUACGGAUACAGACGAUGAACAAUCAGGAAAAGAAGUAAAACGUCGAAUACCUAGACGUCGACAUCGACCGCUCAGCUUGAUACUUAGUGGCGCGGAAGACGAUAUCCCUCGGUCAGCUGCUGAACGAGGUAAGAUGCGGCUCGUUGGUGGGACCAUCGUUGUAAGAGGUCUUCGAGGCGGGGAAAGGAAAGGUCUCGGAGAAGUUUUGAAAGCGCUCAUAUGGACGAUAGGAAUGAUGAAGCUCGAACUCGAUCUUUACACAGCUUUCCGCCUCCCACAAGAACCUGACCCACCUACCACCCCCGCCCUCUGCGCUUCAUCCUCAGUCCCACUGACCUUACCAGCCCUUUCCCCUCAAACGUCAUCCAACCCUACUCCUCGUCCUUCCGGUGAAGUUUCUCGGAGCAAUUCGUUGCGAGAUAAAGACCUUUCAUGGGGGCGGGAAAGUCGGAACGAGAAGAAGGGGUUUUUAUCUAGGUUGGGUAGGGAUACGAAAGGUGUGUGGAAUGGUUUGUUGGGACGGAAAAGGUCUGCGAGAGAUAAGGCUCGUGGUCAGUCCGGCGUGGAAGGAGAAGUGUAUACAAGUCCUAUACUUUCGCCUACCCUGCCCUCGGAAUCUUCUCCUUCCUUGCCGCUGUUCCCAAGUCAGCCCUCGAGCUCCCAUCAUCACUCCCCAUCCCACUCUUCAUCUUCUUCCCCUUUUCCAAGAUUCAAGUAUUCCUCUCACCCAAAAGAUCCCAGCCCGGACUCCAACCCUUCUCUUCACACCAACCCCAACAUUAACACAGAUGCUAAUGCUAAUGCCAAUACCAAUGCCAACCCACCUUCUCAACACCUCCAAACCCUCUCUUCCCUCUGUACUCUUCUCCCAUCCUCGACCCCUGGCCUCAAAUAUCCUAUGCCGCCUAUCCUUCUGCGGAUACAGGAGGAAGAACGGAUCCGGCGGGAAAAAACCCAGAAAGAGAUUUUGACUAUGAGCGAAAAUAGCAGCGGCAGUGGAAAUGCAAAUGGAAAUAUGUUGAGAGGAAAAGCGAUGGCAUAUAGACCCGGAGGGGAUGUACGUUCCGGUCUACAUGUUUUGGCAGUUGGGAUGGAUACCCUCGCGGGGUGGACGAGGUUGCAGCUUUUAUGCGUGCUAUACUGUGUCGGUCUACCGCCACCUAUUUCCGGAUCUAAUUCAGGGUCAAUUGCCAAUGAGGGAGCGCAACUAGGUGAAGAUGGGAAUGGAGAAGUGGACGAAGAAAAGGGUGAUGAAGGAGAGAUAUGUGAAUCCCCACAAGCACAAAUUAUACCACCUACACUGACCAUCCGGGAUUACUUGCAACAUCUUGGAGAAGAGUUGGGAGAGAAUCUGCUCUGUACGAGGAGUGGGUGUGAGAAGGAGGUGGGGCAGCAUGUGAGGUGGUAUGUACAUGCUGGGGUGAAGGUGGGAGUGAGGGUUGAGAAUGUAAAGGUGAGGGAAGAUGGAGGCAGGGAUGAGGAUGGGGAGCGCGAGGACGAGGACGAAGGGGCCGUUGCAGGGAAGGCUGAGGAUGGGAGGGAUGUAGAAGGGUGGGUCAAGUGUACGGUGUGUAGAGAAGAGAGUGAACCUCGUCAGCUUGGAGAAGGUGCCCUAGCAUAUCCAUGGUCAAAACUUCUCGAACUUUUGAUAUACACGCCCCAUCUCCAGCCACCCAUCUGCCCCCACCACACCACCCCCCACGCAUAUAUCACACUCUUCCGUACAUCCUCCUAUACGGCGUCACUCACGUCAUCGCCUGUGAAGUUGUAUGAUAUAAGAUUGCCCAAAUUGCAGAUAGGGCCAAAUGUACCGAAGCGCAAAGUUGGUGGGGGACGCCAAGGGAUGGGCUUGAUGAUGGAUGAUGCAAAAGAGGGAGAAAAUGGGUUGAAGAGGGAGGUGGAAAGGUGGUGUGAGGCUCUGGAAAAUCGUAUUGAUAUUAUGAGGGAGAAGAUUGAAAGAGAGUAUGAAGCCGCUAAAGAGCUCUCCGAAGGAUCCGAAAAAACCGGGCCAGGUUUACAAGAAAAGUUUGAUACCCUCUUGAGCCUGUCCACCGACUUUGCGGCCUUCAAAAACAACUUGCUCGAAAGCAUCUCUUCCACUCCACAAGGUCUCUUUAAUGACCUCCGUAUAUCAUUUUCGGCGUUCAUCAGAUCAAGUCUUUCGGAGAUUGAGGCAUGGGAGAAGAAAUAUUUACCAGAGAAUGCGGACGAGGGGUUGGAAGCACUGAAGGAAAUGAUACCAGAAUAUGCUAAAGAAGGAGGAAGGGUGCAUGCGCUUCCGGGAAGCGGUGUACUGGUAAGGGAGGAUGAGCCAGCGAGCGUUGUCGCGUAUACUCUUUCGUCCCUGGCGUACUUAAUCGAACUGACUAACACUUCAAAACCCCCGGACGCCUCCAACCCUGUUACGGCCACCACCACCCCUAGAGAUCCAAUUGACUCUUCUAUUCCUACAGCUCCAACUACAGGCGCUAAUACUCCCACGUCCGCCUCAACUCCUUCAGGCGGUGGGUGGUCAACCAAAAUUGAUCAUCGUGAUUCCCCCCGAGAUCUCCUCUCUCUCCGUUCCAUUGUCAAGAAGAAAUCUGAUGCAUCAGUAUCACUUGACAAAGCAAAGUCCACCCCUCCAGCCUUGGGUCUUUCCGCCUUAUCUAGCGGCGCGCCAAGUUUAGAGCUCAAUCUUGAAAAGGUGGAAGGGGUCUCAGAAGGAGCGGAAAGCGGAGAUAGGAUGGAGGAGAUCGCCAAAGCUGUUGGUAAGGCCACGGGACAGGAAAUGACUCUGGGAACCACGACCGCAUAUGCAGACCCCAACAGUCUGAGUAGGAGAGCGAGUAUGACGGAAAGCGAUACCAGUAGCUUGUCCGGCGUUCGCUUGUCAUCCCAAAUGGCCAAGAGCUCGCAGGCCCCACCCAGUAGUUUUCGAUCCUUUAGAAGUGUUUCAAAUACCCCCCUAUCCCGUUCACCUAUGUCACCUUUACCGACUGCUACAGAGUCUACUGCCUCAGGCGCUAGAACAGCAAGCACACUCUCUCCCAAUACAGCCACUAGUCCUGGAGGGAGAGAUUCUUCAUGGGACUCUGUCACAUCUUCGUUUGCCAAUUCGGUGAACAGUCUCUGGAAACUUGGUUCGGAGAUGGGUGAGACGAUUUCUUCCAUGCGAUCUCGCCCACGAGAUCGGUCCCUACAAUCACUCAUGGGACCUCUGUCUUCUAUGGAUAAUUCUUUAUCUACCCUCUCACCCCGUCCUCAUCUCCAUUUUACCUACGCCUUCGCCCAUAAGCUCCGACUAUCCUGUACAGUUUAUUUUGCGACUGCCUUCGACUCAUUAAGGAGAAGGUGUGCGAUAGACAAGGUGCUAGUCCAAAGUCUCCAGAGGACCGAAGUAUGGGAUGCACAAGGCGGGAAGAGUAAAGCGGGCUUCUGGAUGACGGAAGAUAAGAGGUUUAUUGUGAAGGAGCUGUUGAGCAAAUGGACUGUCAGUGAUAUGCACGCAUUGCUGGAGAUUUCACCUGCAUACUUCCACCAUAUGGCAGGGACUCAUAACAGGGCCACAGCUUUAGCCAAAAUUGUAGGAUUUUAUACAGUGACUAUCAAGGACUCCCAAUCUGGCCAAAAACGACAACUUGACUUGCUCGUCAUGGAGAACCUUUUUCACAAUCAAAGCAUCUCGAAAACCUUUGAUCUCAAAGGCAUUGAGGGUAGACGAGUAGCCAAAACAAAAGACGGGGUUCAAGAGGUAAAGUUGGGGACAACGAUGUUUGAUGCGGAUUGGUUGGAAGGGAUGCAGAAAGGUCUCGUUCUACUUCAACCACACGCCAAACGCAUCCUUUUAGAUGCCAUCUCUCUCGAUACAAGAUUUCUUUCCUCACAAUCUAUAAUGGACUACUCACUGUUACUCGGCGUCGACACCCGCUCCUCUCUGUUAACUUCUUUAAAUAUCUCUGAGGACAAAGUGGAGCAAGAGAGGGAAAAUGGGCUGCUGAUUGUAGGACUUGUGGACGCCAUCGGGAGUUUCAACCUCUUCAAAACCAUUGAGAGUAGAGGGAAGAUGGUUAUGAAUCGCGGUGGGGACGUCACCGUUAUUCCUCCAGACCAAUAUCGCGAACGCUUCGAGAACGCUAUCCGGCACUAUUUCGUGGCCUGCCCCGACAAGUGGUCGAAAGUAUCUAGAAAAGUCGGGGGUUUAACCGGGUGCGAGGUGAGCUCAGUAUUAUAAAUUGUCAUUUAAGGCCUUGAAAGGACAAAUGGGAGCUGCGAAUAGAGGGGGGCGAAACAUUUUAUAAUGUCUCAAUUUGUGCAAACUCUGCUGAUUGCAAUAUAACUAUUAUACGAAUCCACAAGAAACUGGUUACGAACAGCCUUUUCACGAUAAUCUGUAUCUAGCUGUAACGACCUACUAUGUAUCCUCGGGCGAUGAAAGUCAAAUAAAUGUUCUGCCAUUACUGAUCGUCAUAAUCGUUAUAUCGAUCCAAUGAAAAAAUGC